UCCAGCUCGGGGCAGAUGCUGGGCUCUCGCCUGGGGCAGGCCAUCGACGGGCAGGAGUGUGUGCUGCGCAUGAACCACGCCCCCACCGCCGGCUACGAGGAGGACGUGGGGUCGCGGAGCACCGUCCGGGUGGUGUCACACACCAGCGUCCCGCUGCUGCUGAGGAACCAGCCCUACUUCUUCCAGCAGUCCCAGAUGAAGUCCGGCUCCUUCCUGAGCACGGGCUGGUUCACCAUGAUCCUUGCCAUGGAGCUGUGUGAACAGAUCUAUGUCUUUGGCAUGGUCAGCGACAGCUACUGAAGGAGUUGCAGGAUGUACCUGAUGCACGAGCGAGCUCGCCGCGCCGGGCACCGCUUCAUCACCGAGAAAGCCAUCUUCUCCCGCUGGGCCAGGAGGAGGCACAUCGUCUUCACCCACCCGUCCUGGGCGGCCAGCCGCAGGGGGAG